AACAUAGAAUUGUUGUGGUGGAAGUGAGUAGAUAUUUGGAGCAGAGUGUGGUGGGUGAGUUGCGAUUUUUGUUUGGAAGGAGAAGCAAACAUGUCUUACUGUGCAAAGCCUUUGACCUUGCAACCGCAGUUGCACUCAAGAACAUCAUCGUCAUCGUUCCAAUCCCAUGUUGGAGGAGUAACAGUAACAACCUCAACACUGUCUCUUCGGCCCUCUCCUUCUCUUGUUUUCACCCACAGCCUCCAUUUCCAACCCCAAAUCAAACGCGCUUCCACAACCAUUCGAUGCGCCUCUGCGUUGACUCCUCAAUUGAAGUCUACCUUGGAUACAGUUAUUGCUUCAAAUAAAAUAGUUGUGUUUAUGAAGGGAACUAAGGACUUUCCACAGUGUGGGUUCUCAAACACAGUGGUGCAAAUAUUGAAAUCUCUAAAAGUGUCUUUUGAAACCGUAAACGUGCUUGAAAAUGACAUGUUACGCCAAGGACUGAAGGAGUAUUCCAGUUGGCCUACCUUUCCUCAAGUGUACAUAGAAGGAGAGUUUUUUGGUGGCUGUGAUAUCACUGUUGAGGCAUAUAAGAACGGGGAAUUGCAGGAGUUGUUGGAAAAGGCAAUGUUAUCUUGAAGCCAUGGAAGGAAUGAGAGGACUUUCCAAGUUUGUAAUCUUCCCUAAGUUCUACUGUGGCUCAGCAGUGAUAAUGGACCAAGUAAAUUGUCCAAUGUUUUCUCAUGUCCACAAAUGCCAGUUAUGAUUACUGCAAAACAAAUCCUAGUAUCUGAGUAUAAAGCAGAUAACUCAUUUGAUGAUAUCUCAUUAAAUAGACUAUUUAUUGUUUUACUAGUUGCUACUGCAAAUCUAUUGAGUAAACUAUUCUAAACUGACA